CUCCUCCUCCAUAGGCCGGGGAUAGGAAGCGUUCACUGGGCAUAGAGGAAGUGACUGUGUGUUUCUCAAACACAUAAACACACUGCCACAAGGCUAGGAACCGCUGUGUGCUGGGGACAGGGCAGGUGGACGCCCGAAAAUCAUAGGACUCAGGUACUGAUAGGAUUCUGCUGAGAACAGUGAGAAUGGUUUCUUGAUACAGAUCAAAUUCCAAGGACUUCACUAAUAAGAGACUGAAGACACACAUAUACUGUACCUGCAUCUGGCAAUAGCAGUUACUGGAUUAAUGUGAGGCUGGAAUUACAAACACGAUUUAAAGGGAUCAUAAGGGACCAUUCAUCAGACCUGCUCCAGAGAGUGAUUUCCUGUCAUGCCUUGUUUUAUAGACCACCUAUAAAAGUUGUGUUUUUUUUUUUGUUUGUUUUUUUAAAAAGGAUCUUGUUUCUGGAUUGGCAGCAUCAACACAGAAACUAAACUAGGAACUGGUUUAUAAAAUGAAAUGCAGUUCUGAUUUUCAGAUAUUUAUAAACGUAAAAAAGUAAAUAAAGGGCUUUUGAGAUAAAUACUGGAGUGAGAAUAUAGUAGCCACAUAUUAAACAGUUCUACGUAUCUUGCAUGCGUUUCGUUAAUAUCCCAGGCUGAAUACCAAAUUACUGUAUUAAUGGAAAAACUGUAAUCUAUAUCAAUGAAGUACCAACAAAUGGAUUAACAGCAACUGGUUCAAAGACGCAAGAGGCCUGGUACUCUGCAGACACAAAUCAUAUCCCGAUAAAUCAAAGAAAUCAAGGCCAGAAAAAUACUUUAGAAAUCUAAUAUAACAAUCCCGGGUUACUGGCACGUUGCACCAACAAUACAAUCAGCUUGGAUAAAACAUUUCAAACAUUUUAUGCCAGAAAAGUCUCCAGAUGAUGAAUUUCAAGCCAUUUUUUUGACAUCUUCCCUUACGUGACAAAUGUAUAUUUUUUGGCAGUUGUUUUAGUUUCCCCCAGUUUCAGUUUCCAUUUAUUUCUAUUUGGGUUUUUUUUUUCCUGCUCAUCAUUUCUUAUUUUGGUCUCUUCUUCCUCUUAAUACCAUGGAUGCCUCUGCAUUGGAGCUCGAUGCUCUGAAGUUUGCCAAACUGGCUGUGGUGUAUGACCAAGCCGGAAAAUAUAAAGAAGCGGUGUUCUAUUACAAGGUAUGAGCAUUAAUUACCUCAUAUUUAAAGCACUAAAGCUUGACUUGGCAGGAUUCAAAUGAUAAUUCCAAAUAUUAGACCAUAAAAGCCAUUGCUUGGGGAAUGGCUGAUGGCUUGGAGAAUUGUUCGUUAGAUUAUUUCGGCCUAAAUUUAAAAUUCACUUAGAAUCCCUGCCAGUCCACAUGAUAGUGAAUGACCCUGUGAUACAGGGGAGGGCUGGCAGCCUUGGGCCUGGGGGGCAAAUCCAGUCAAUUGGCCCAUUGCACCAUCGAAUUAGCUCACCAUCCAUGCCCACUUUUUCCUGGUUUUAUAACGGAUAUAGGUGUAGUCCAUGUAUCAAGCACGUUUUGUAUACAUUCAUGGCAUUACCAUCCCAUACACCGUCACCAGGGCUUUACAAAUUUAAUUGAAAUCUAGAAGACAGCUGAAAAAGUUAGGAGUAAAGUUUUCAACUUCAAAAAUACAAUUUUUAAGGGACACUGUAGUCACCAGAACUACUAUAAUUUAAUGUUGUUGUUUUGGAGCCUUUAUCCUGUCCCUGCACACUUUUUAAUGUAAGCACUGACUUUUCAGAGAAAAGUCAGUUUUUACAUUGCUGCCUAGUAGUGAUUGUAGUCUUUAGUUGUGAUUGGACCCUGGGCAAGCAUCUGCAUGGGCCCUGUGGAUUCCCUCCCCCCACCCCCCAUGGCAUCAAUCCAACCCCUCCCCCCCACCCCACAACAAAAACAAAAAAAAACACACACAUAUAUAUGUAUACACACACUAUAUAUAUAUAUAUAUAUAUAUACAUAUAUAUAUAUAUAUACACACACACACACCACGCAUACACAGACACACGGUUUAUAGAAUAUAUAUAUAUAUAUAUAUAUAUAUAUAUAUAUAUAUAAUAUACUGGGGGUGCAGAAGGGAGGCUUUGUGGGUGGCUGGUGGUGCCAGAGGGGAGACUUUGUGGGUGGCGAAGGGGAGGCUUUGUGGGUUGCUGGGCUGGGGGUGCUGAGGGUUGCUGUUGGAAUGGUUCACACAUGGGAGGGAGGUGGAGACUGCCAGCGCAGUCACAGUGAGGCCCUAGCAUGACUGUCUCUGUCCACACAAGUACACAUACUCAUGGGUACACACACACACACAGGUACACACAUACUCAUGGGUACACACACAGGUACACACAUGGGUACACACACACACAGGUACACACACACACACACACACACAGGUACACACAUACAUACACACACACAGAUACACAUAAGUACUCACUGACACACAAGUACACAUACAAUUACACACAGGUACUCAUACACACUGACAUACACAAACAUAUGCACAACCUCAUGUACACACACAGACACAAACAUAUAUAAAUAACAAGUUACAUAUUUUCUCCACCCUUUUGAUGCAGCAGGAUUGAUAUCCUGAGGUCCAGUGGGAGCUGGCUGUCCUCGGAUGAUGGGAGUCCCUUCCCUCCUCCACGUGUGCAGCAGUUGGUUUGUGUUGCCGCCGACUCUUCCUCCCCAUACGCCGCCCUGUCAGCUGGGACUCGGGAGGAAGUGAUGUGAACUCCCUCCCAGCAGGCCGCGGGGGAAGAGCGGAUCAAAAUGGGCCGCGGAGAGCAGGAACUGAGCGCGUACAAAAUGUCAGGGGCCCGGUUGUGGGUUGCGGGGGUGGGGAAAAAAAAAUAAGAAGCGGCCUGACAGCUGCAAUAUUAAAGGGCCACGGGCCCCUGAUUAAAUGUGUAUGGGCUCAAGGGGCAUCUUAAAGAUGGCCCUGCCCGGCGUGAGCGCUGAAUGCAGGCAGCUAGCAGCCCAAGCAGCCCUGGAUAUAGGGCGGCCUGGGGGGCAAUUGCCUCCCUGCCCCCCGUCCCAGCCCGCCCCUGCUGUGAUAGUAAUGUGUGUAUUCUGCAGCAAAUCAUAAAGGGAUAAAGUAAAUGGUGCAUUGUGAGGUGUUGACAGGCAGCUUAAACAACGAAGGCCAAUAGGAGCAAGCCACUGCUCAGCAAACUAGUUCUUUUCUUGCUUCACGUUCAGCUUUACUUACGUUAUACAUGUUUUUGACCAGGGCUGUCCAAUCUGCGCCCCCUGAUGUUGCUGAACUACAUCCCAUGAUUCCCUUGUUAUCUGAUUAAUUCAAAGAAUCAUGGAAGUUGUAGAUCAGAAGCAUCUGAGGGGGCAGCAGGUUGGACAGGCCUGUUUUAGACCAAAAUUUGGAGAUAAAUAUAGUUGUUGAUGUUUUUUUUUUUCCAGUUUGCACAAUGAUUUGAAAAUGACUGCAUCCUUUUUCUAUGUUCAGUUUGUCAAGUGCAAAGAGGAAAUGUUUCUCACAAGAAAAAUUAGGGGUAAGGGGAGUGCAAAAUGAAAAUGCGACAAAAAAAAUUAAUGACCUCCAAUGUUCUCAUUGCAUUAAACCUUAGUUUAAGCAGAAGUGAUUGAUUUUAUUUGUGGUAGCUUUAUAAUUAAAGAUAUACUACAGCCUGGAAGCAGCUCCCAUUUUUUUAGCACAUACAUUAAAGGGGCACUAUAGUCAUUAGAACAACUAUAGCUUAAUGUAGUUAUUCUGGUGAGUACAAUCAUUACCUUUAGGCAUUUCCGUGUAAACACUUUUUUUUCCAGAGAAAAGGCAGUGUUUACAUUACCCACCUAGGAACAUCUACAGUGGCCACUCCUCAGAUGGCUGUUAGAGGUGCUUCCUGGGGCACUGCUGCACACUCAUAAAUUCUAAUGAUAUCAGCAAAGAGGCAGAUAGAAGGCGGGGCCAGCCCCAGCAGACCUGCAUGGCGAGGGAAAUAAGGUAUGUUUUAUUAUUUUUUAAUGGGGUUAACAUGGGAGCAAGCCACCUAAACAGUGUUUUUAACAUUAUAGGGUCAGUAAUACAUGUUUGUGUUCCUGACCCUAUAGUGUUCCUUUAAAUAUAUGCAGAUGUAAGUUUAACAAAAUAAAAAAUAAUCACACAGGGAAGCUUUAGCAGCAAUCAGCCCUAACGUACAGGCUUAUUCACUAAAGAAUUAUAUUUGAAAUUCUUACAGAUACUAUAAGAAUCAAGAGGCAUUCAUUUUGUGUUGUCGGUCUCUUAUUCCAUAAACCCUGGUCUAGGUGGUGGUUCAUAACACAGUGUAUAUAUAACUUUUUUCACAUGCAAUUGAGAAGAGACAGAUUUACAACUUCAGCCAGUUUUGCAAAUGGAUGUAGAUACCUCUAGAACAGGCUUCCUCAAACUGCGGCCCUCCAGAUGUUGCUGAACUACAACACCCAUGAUUCUAUGAAUGAAAUAGGCUGAGAAUCCUGGGAGUUGUAGUUCAGCAACAUUUGGAGGGCCGGAGUAUGGGGAAGCCUGCUGUAGAAUGUAAGCUCAUUUGAACAGGGCUCUCUGUUCCUGUGUGUCCAGCUCAUCUUGUUGCAAAUACAUGUCUGUUAGCCCCCUUAUUGUACAGCGCUAUGGAAUUUGUUGGCGCUUUAUAAUAAUUCAAACAACUUUGUGCACGGACUGGGUACCUCCUUGGACUAUACCAUGUGUGAUAUUUAUUCAUAGGAUAUCAUGGUUCGUAGAGAUUGAUAAUGGCAGUGCCUGCAGGGAACAGCAUCAGGUACGUAGAACUCACCUGUGCUGCACCCCAAGGCCACCGCACCCCAUACGGUUAUGUCACUAUGUGACAGAGUAACUUUAUCUAAACACGGAAUUGUAGCAAAUUAAAUGUUUUAUAAUUGGGAGUUUUUUGAAUAAACUCUUAGAGAUGUAAACAUUGUGGUAUAAAAGUAUUUCUAAUUUGAUAUCUAAUCAGAUAUUUAUCAGAUGAACAUCUCCAGGAAAAUAAUUUUAUGCAAGAAAACUAAAAAUUAAAGGAACACUAUAGGGUUCAUGUAUUUCUGACCCAGAAGUGUUAAAACUACUAUCAACCCCUCCCUCCGCUGCCCUAAAUAUAGUAAAAUCUUACCUUUAUUCCAGUAUGCUGGUACUGGCUCUGUCCCUGAUCUGCCUCAUUAAUUGGCAUCAUCAGAAGUAAUGAUCUGAGCCAAUCAAAAUGUUUCCCCAAAGGAAAGAAUUGAAUUUACUAAGAUUGUCAAAUCUGAUGAUUUCAACCAAUGAGGCAGGCAGAGGGUGGAGCCAAACGCCACCCUAUCCUAUCAGCAUCUCCUUAUAGAGAUGCAGUGAAUCAAUGCCUCUCUAUGAGGAUAGUUCAAUGUCUCCAUGCAGAUGUUUGAGACCCUGAAUGUCAGUGCCACACACUGUGCAUCACUGUCCCAGGUAGCCAACUGAGGAGUGGUCACUGGAGGUGUCCCUAGGCUGUAAUGUAAGCACAGCCUUUUCUCUAAAAAGACAAUGUUUACAGCAAAAAGCCUGCAGGGACUGACUAUACUCACCAGAACAACUGCAUCAAACUGUAGUUGUUCUGGUGACUAUAGUGUCCCGUUAAAAGGACACUAAAGUAACCCAGACCACUUCAGCUCAAUGGAGUGAUCUGGGCGCCAGGUCCCCCUGGUUUUAUUCCUUCAGAUGUAAACAUAGCAGUUUCAGAGAAACUGCUAUGUUUACUUUUGGGGUUAAUCCAGCCUCUAGUGGCUGUCUUCCGGACUGCCGCUAGAGGCGCAUCUGUGACGCUGGAUGCAAAUUUUGCAUCCAUCACGCAGAGCGUCCAUAGGAAAGCAUUGAGUAUUGCGCAUGCGCAUUCGGCUCCACUGACGUCGGAUGGGGGAGCUGACGUCGGACGUGGAGGAGUGGUCGCCAGCGCAGAGGGAGCCCGGCGCUGGAUUAAAGUAAGUAACUGAAGGGGUUUUAACCCCUUCUGUGCCACGAGAGGGGGACCCUGAGGAUGGGGGCACUCUCAGGGCACUAUAGUGCCAGAAAAAACGCUUUGUUUUCCUGACACUAUAGUGAUCCUUUAAACAUGAACAAUGCAGUGACUGUAGAUUAAUGAAGGGAGUUGUUGCAUUUUAAAAAAAAUUUAAGUUGUGACAAUUAUUCAAAGUAUGAGUAGCUUUAAACCUAAACAUUUUAUAAAUAGUUUUAAAAAUUAAACUAUUAUGUAGGCAACUACUGAUCCGAAAACAAAAUCAUUUAUUUUGAAACAUACAUAAGGGAACAGAUGAAAUCUUAGGUGCGCCAGUUUGUGUUUUGUGUCAUAGUUUCCAUUUUCCAUCUCGUGAUGCAGAUUUAUUGACAGAAGUAUAAAUAAAGUGUUUUCAGAUUAUGUAUUCCUAUUCUCAAGUUAAAACAGCCUGCUCUGAAUUAGAUGUAUCUCUAAUGAUGCACACAAGUUUAACCCCUUAGCAACCGAGAUAGUUACACAAUUCUACUACUGCAUUAUCCCACUUCCCCAAUUACUGCACCCAAACAUAUUAUACAUGUUUUUGUUUUGUUUUUUAAAGCACAGAUGGACUUACUUACAUUACCUGAUAAGUAUGAAUAGCAAAAUAUCACAUGUGAAUAAAGUUCAGGUGGUCCUCACCUGUAGGUAUGACCUACCUGUUUUACGAUGGCUUGCACUGACGACCAGCUCUCUAGCGUGGGCAUUUAAGGGAUUCCCCACGUUAGGGAGCUGGUCUAUGUUCAGGGAAUUUUCCCCGAACAGAGAUUAGAAGGAUUCCCUGCUCUGCUGCGCUUGUCUAUGUUCAGGGAAAUGUUCCCAAACAUAGACCUGCACUGGUGCGCAUGCUCUGUAGCGCACCUGCACUUACCAACCAAUUCGUUUUACGACCGAGUCAUAGAAAACGGAACCCGGUCUGUAUUGGAAAAAUAUGAAAAAAUCAGUUUUUCUUAAAAUGUCUAAACCAUACAAAAAAAAACCUGAAACAACUAUACAAAUAGUAUCAAUUAAUAGACUUGUUAAAAAAAACUAUGCGUAGGAUUUUAAUUACUUCAUGCUAGUUAUACAUUUUUUUUUUUCUUUUUUUAAACUAAAGCUUUGCAGAAUUUGGUGUGCUGAGAUUUAUAACUGUAAUAGCAUUAACAUAUUCCAAAAUGGCUGUACAAAAGUAUAUAUUUAUAUAAAUGCGACACCCACUAAAUCAGGGUUUCCCAAAGUGUUGGUCGCGACCCACUGGUGGGUCGCCGUGUGAUUCCCAGCGGGUCGCGCUGACCCACGCCGCCGGGGACCUAGGAGACUGUAAGGGCAGACUGAUUAGUUGGGCCCUCAGUCCAUGACUACGAGCCCGACACCAUCAAGGGGGACGGCGGCUUGUCCUAUAUGCCGCCGGGCCCCCUCUAAUCAGUCUGCCCAGCACCUCCGUGUGAUAGAGAUCUCGCGAGCAAUCAGAGAAUUACAAUGGCAACACUCUAGGUUCGCGCAAGACCUCUAUCCCAUGGUCUGCAGCUCUGCACCCGGCGGAGCUGCAGACCAGAGGGGUUACCCGUAACCCACCAGACCACCAGGGAAUUUAUUAUAUUGAAAACAAAGGUAGGACACAGCCCCCCACACUCUUGCCCCCCUACCCACACUGUAACACCUUCUCUCCCUGCCCCCCACCCCACACUGUAACCUCUUUUCUCCCUGCCUUCCACACUGUAACCCUUUCUCACCCUGUCACCAACACACACACACUCUCCCUCCCACACUGUCACCCUCACCUCCUGUCUCUGUGUGUAUGUGUAUCUGUAUCUGUGUGUCCUUUUGUGUCAUUGUGUGUGUAUUUGUGUCUGUGUGUGUCUGUAUACACUGCACACAAAAACAUGCUUACCUUCAAACACACAUUAUGUUUUUUUUAUAUAUAUAUAUAUAUAUAUAUAUAUAUAUAUAUGUAUAUGUAUGUGUGUAUGUAUAUAUGUAUGUAUAUAUAUAUAUAUAUAUAUAUAUAUAUAUAUAUAUAUAUAUAUAUAUAUAUAUAUAUAUAUAUAUAUGUAUAUAUAUAUAUAUAUAUAUAUAUAUAUAUAGUAAAGUAAUACCGGCACUCAAGGGUUUCACCACAAAAAAAUCUUCAUUUAUUGCGAAGAAAGAAUCGACGAUUCAGCUCCUCACAGGAGCUUUCAUCAGGACACAAGAUAUCAAAAACAUUGAAACACACUUAUAUAGGACAUAUAAUGAUGGGUACUUACAUCCAGGUGUAUUGCAUUCCCGUUCCUGCCGGAACCGCCGCGGGUGCCAUGUCAAACCAAUUCACUUCCGGGUUCCGAUCAUGUGACACCCUAUACCAAAAUCUUAUUGGACGGCUCAGUGUGUUACUAGGGCAACCGUAGUCAACAAAAUCUUAUUGGUUGCACCCACCCACACCUGAGCCGACGAGGGACAAACAAGUCUCCUGUUGUUAUGCGUUGGCAUGGCGACCCCAAAGCGUCAUCCGUGCGCGGACGGGAAUGCACUGAAACAUAUAAAUCAUAAAUAUACUACAUGAAUUGUAUGUGUAACAAGUGAAAUGACGAGAUAAGUAAACUACGUGAAAAAUAGAGGAUGCCGAUGUAAAUAAGAAAUAUAAUUAUACCUAUAUACACACGGCAUUCAUAAUAGUGUUGAGGACGAAUUAAUAAAGGUGCAUACUGUGUGAACACUGUAAGGGAGUAAGUGAUACUAUACUACUGGACUGAAAGACAGUAUGUAGAGUAUAAGUGAAACUCCUAUAUUUGUAUUAAACAAAAUAAGUGAACCAUCCAUAUAUAUUACAAAGGAAACUACACCUGGAGUGAGAACCACCAUUACAUACUAGACACAACAAAUUAUAAAAAAUCUUAAAUCAUAAAGGACAGUCAGCUGUAUUUAAAAACAAUCAAAAAAGUUUUCUCCUAUAAAUAACUCAUAGUUCUCCAAAAGAAUUAUUACAAAAAAAGGUCUUUUGUUUUAAAUGUAACCAUCAAUGGAAUUAGUGAUAUAAAAUUUAAACAAACAUCACAAGUAAAUUCCCAGAUUGGGAGAAUAAUAUCUGGGAAGGAUAAAACGAAAUCACACUAGUAGUAUCAUUCAGCCACCAGAGCACCAGGUAUUUAAGUUUUAUUACAGUUGGAGUGCAGGGGUUAUCUAGAUUUUUAUAUAUAUGUAUGUAUGUAUGUGUGUGUGUGUGUGUGUGUGUGUGUGUGUAUAUAUAAAUAUAUAUAUAUAUUAUAUACACGCACUGCAAUCCAACUUAAGCAUUACAUACAAACACACCCCUGUAUUAAAACACAAAAAUUAUAUACACACCCCUUCAUUCAAACCCUACACACAAAAAGCACACCUGCAUGUAAAGUCCAGCAUUACAUUCAAACACCCCUGCAUUCAGACGCAAACAUUACAAACAAGUGCACCACUAGAUUCCAAUGGCAAUAGUACAUACAAAUACACCCAUACAUGCACACAUAUACAUAAUACAAAAUCAUGCUUAUAUUCAAACGAUCAAACACUGCUCACAAAUAUGACCCUGCAAUGAUGGGCAAAUGGUAGACCCCACUGGCAUAGUAUUAAUGAAGUUCUCCGACAGAUGGGGAUCUACCUUUUGGCCACACUUGUGCUAGAGGGGGGCCCAGAAAACAUGCUUGUUCCAGGGCCCUCUCUACAUUAGUUCCACCACUGGGAUAAUCAACGUAAGGUGCCUGGAUGAGCAGGACAUCGCACUUCUGAUUCUGACUGAGUCUGAGAGUAAGCAGUUGUAUGCCUCUAAAACUGAUUGCCAUGAUUUGGCAAGUUUCUGCCUCUAAAACUGCCAUGAUACCCAAAAUUAUGACUCUAUAACUGCCAUGAUAUGCCAAAUGUCUUCCUCUAAAUCUGCCAUAUGCCAAAAUUAUGCCUCUACAGCUGCCAUGCUACCCAAAAUUAUGCCUCUAAAACUGCCAUGAUAUGCCAAUUUUAUGCAUUUUAAACUGAUUGCCAUGGUAUGCCGUUUGUAUGCCUCUAAAGCUGAUUGCCCUGGUGUGCCAGUUGUAUGCAUCUAAAGCUAAUUGUCAUGGUGUGCCAGUUGUAUGCCUCAAAAGCUGAUUGCCAUGGUGUUCCAAUUUAAUGCAUCUUAAGCUGCCAUGAUGUUCCAAUUGUAUGCUUGUAAAGCGGAUUGCCAUGGUGUGCCAAUUGUAUGCCUGUAAAGCGGAUUGCCAUGGUGUGCCAAUUGUAUGCCUGUAAAGCUGAUUGCCAUUGUGUGCCAAUUGUAUGCCUGUAAAGCGGAUUGCCAUGGUGUGCCAAUUGUAUGCCUGUAAAGCUGAUUGCCAUUGUGUGCCAAUUGUAUGCCUGUAAAGCGGAUUGCCAUGGUGUGCCAAUUGUAUGCCUGUAAAGCUGAUUGCCAUUGUGUGCCAAUUGUAUGCCUGUAAAGCGGAUUGCCAUGGUGUGCCAAUUGUAUGCCUCUAAAGCGGAUUGCCAUGGUGUGCCAAUUGUAUGCCUCUAAAACUGAUUGCCAUGGUGUGCUGAUUUUAUGCCUCUAAAGCUGAUAACCACGGUGUGCCAGUUGUAUGCCUCUAAAGCUGAUUUCCAUGGUGCGACAAUUGUAUGCUUCUUAAGCAGAUUGCCAUGGUGUUCAUUUUUAAAAUAUGCAUUGAAAGCAAGUGGGUCUUGAAAAAUUAUAGUUUUCAAAAGUGGGUCUCUGCCCAUAAAAGUUUGGACUAGGUUAUUUAACUAAUGCAUUUGAAUACAUUUUAUUUAAAAAAAAAAUAAUUCUAACCUAUUCUACAGGAUAGACUUCCACCAAUUUCACAGACCAUGUGUGUCCCACAACUAGUUUUAAGAGCUUAGAUUUGUAUUCUGCUACAGAAAGCCAUUUUCAGCAAAAAUCCCAUGCAGACCUUUCUCCAUAUUUUUAGGACGUUCUAAAGUCUAAAAUUACAGACGUGCCAAUUUCAGUUUUCAUCAGUUUGUUUACUAGGACAGUGUUACUUUUGGGACAAAAUAGUAGCAUCCAACUCCACUUUACUCCAAUCAUAGUGUACCAUUUGUAAAAGAAAACUGCUUUUGUCAUUUAAUAUGGGGAGAUUUUUAGUCUUUUCACUGCCAAAUUUAGCAGUAUAUUUUUUUCGCAUACAUGUUGAAAUUUAAUGGUAAAUUUCACACUACUCCAUGUUCCACUACUUCAAAGACCCAAGAUUUGUAUUCUACUACAUCUGAAAAGUCACGCAUCGGAACAUUUUUGGAUAAAUAUGAUUAGCGCCAUAUCCUCUUAAAGGCAUUCUGUAAGCACCAAAACAACUUUUGCAUAAGGGGACACUCUAGGCACCAGAACCACUACAGCAAGCAUGUCAUCUCAAAGGCUAGCACGGGCCAAAUAAAUGCGGUUUAUGUGGGCCGCAAAAAAAACCAAAACUUAAAUUUUCAUUGAAACGUAGCUUUGUUUUGAAAAGUACAGUAUUAACAAAAAAAAAAGCAUCCCCCUCUACUAAACUCCAGUCCCCUCCUCUAUACUAGAUCCCUCCCUUCCCUCCCCCGUAUACUGAUUCCGAGUCCCCCCUCUACUAUAAAAAAUACAUUUAAAAAAAAAAAGGCUAUAUUAAAUCUUUAUCAUCCCCCCCCCCCACCCCCUUCCUACCUUUUGGUGAAGGGGGGAUGGACGGACACACAGCCAUCCCCGGUGGUCGCACGAUGCUGUGUGAAGCGUUGCCAUUGUAACGCGUGGCAACGCUCCACACAGAUUGCUUGCGGGAGGACAGGAGAGCUGCUUCACAGAUCCCUCCCCCUGCAUCCGUGUCCUCCUGAUACGGAAGCAGAGUUUUGGGCAGGCAGGUGCCUACUCAGCAUUGUUGCUGACAGCCAGUGGCCCCCUCCCCCAGCGACCUAUGGCCUCGUGCCCACAGAGAGGGCCUGGCGUGCACCUGUGCCUCGCGUGCCAUAGGUUCGCCAUCACUGGUAUAUGGAGACUGUGUGAAUCUUAGCAAGGGGUGUUGUGGCUUGAGGUGCAUAAUCAAAGUGAUUUUAAGUCCUAAAUUACAGAUUACUCAGCAGUUAGACAUCAGGGCUGUGAACUAUCCACCAAAUCCACUCCAUUAACCUAAACUUGUUUUGAUUCUUAUAAUGUUCCUUUAAAGCAUCUCUAUCACAUGGGCUCUUUACAUACUUUGCAAAGACCCCUAAUGGUAACGUUGCCACUUGGUGCCGUACAGGUAAGGUAUGUUUUACCUGGUACUGUUAUAUGUGAGCUUGUUUAUUAACCAAUCAGUUGCUUAUUUAGCUAUUUAAUGAGACUGAACUAGAAAAUAAUUACUGAUAAAGCCAGAGUAGCUGACUUGGAGAAUAGUGCUAUUUUGACCUUAAAUCUGAAAUUCACGUUGAAUUCUAAUUCUAGUCUAGUGAAAAAAAAACCUGAUUGAUUGUUUGUGAAACUGAAAGUCUUGCUGCCGCAAACAAAUUGUGACCAAAUGGAAAUUAAAUAGUCAUGUCCCAUUCCCCCCAAUUUUAAACACAGUUUAAAAUAACAUGGAUUAAAGGGACACUAUAGUCACCAAAAAAACGUAACCUUGAUGAAGCAGUUUGUGUGUAUAUAGAUCAUGACUCUGAGGUUUCACUGCUUUACCCCUUAACGCCAUUACGGCGUUCCAUGCCGUCCCCAUUAUAAUGGGCUUUAAAGCCGUCGCGUCGGUAUAGAACACAGUAAUUGGUUACUACCCCAGGAGCCUCCAGAUACUCACCUUCCUGGCGAUUCGCUUCGGGAGGACUGCCUGAUAACCCAGGCAGCCCUCCUCUGGCAAAUCAGACCCCCGGGGGCCAUGUGAUCGCUCUCAAAGAGCUGAGUGGCGACAGUGACCCAUUGCAGUACAAAUUAUUUAAGUUCACAACUUGACACCUAAAAUGUUUACUUGCUCUUAGAUUGAAUAAAUCCCAUGUUUUUAUUAGUUGAUGUAGCCAUUUGUAUGUUUAAUUUAGAUGGCAUUGGUAGAUGGCUUUUAAAUUGAAAAGAAAUUUAACCCCUUAAGGACCAAACUUCUGGAAUAAAAGGGAAUCAUGACAUGGCACAACUGUCAUGUGUCCUUAAGGGGGUUAAAGAAACACUCACUUUAUUUAUAAAUGUAACUACUUCUAAUGCUGCAGUAUUGGGAAGUCUCCUGUGGCCUUUUAUCCACUAUUACUUAUAAAUAAAGUGUAAAUAUAUAUAUAUAUAGCGGCAAGAAAAUCCCUUUCCAAUCCAUCUCAUAGAGAAGACUUUUGGCACAGCCCACAUGUAUGGUAAUUGCCACACUGUAUGUUUAACCCCUUAAGGACCAAAUUUGAAGGGGCACUGUAGUCACUACUGUAUAACCAUUUCAUCUCUUUGAAUUGGUUAUAGUGCCUGGAGUCCCCUGACCCUAUCCCUUCAUUUAGAGUUAAAUCAGGUUUGAGCAGUUUAACACUAAGUAAGGAUUGAUGGCCACCCACAGUCUAGCCCCUUGUGGAAGUGUGGCUGAGGCAGAGAUUGCCCACUUUGUUGUAGUUGUACCCAUUCGUGCCAUUAAUGGGAGUUCUGAUAGGCUAAAAGCAGUCAGCUGACACUCUCAGCCACUUACAGCUGCCAACUGUUGCUUAGGCUAAUACUUCCUCAUUUGCCAAAGCAGCACAGAGAGGAUGGGCUGCUGGGGACUCUCUUUUAGUAUUAAUACAUAACAACAGUUUUGUGCUGAAUGAAAUGAUGGCAUCAGGGGACUCCAGACACAAUAACCAGAUUAGAAGAUGAAGCAGAUACACUGCCUACAGAGUCCCUUUAAUUUGUUUGGUUUUAACUAAAAGGACCAAUGCAACUUUUGCUGUGUGUGUGUUCAACUGUAAUUUUCAUCUUUCUCAUUUACGGCUCCAACAUAUAUUAUAUUAUAUUGUAUACCUUUUUUUUUUUUUUAAAGGACAAAAGGGCUUUAAAUUGAGGUGACAUAUACAUAUAUAAAUUCUCAUUUGCUAUAAAAAAAAUACACACAAAUGUAACAAACAAAAUGAGAAAAAACAAUAAUAAUGUGUACAUAAUAAGUGCAGCUUAAAGGACCACUCUAGGCACCCAGACCACUUCAGCUUAAAGAAGUGGACUGGGUGCCAGGUCCCUCUAGGAUUAACCCAUUUUUUAAUAAACAUAGCAGUUUCAGAGAAACUGCUAUGUUUAUAAAUGGGUUAAUCCAGCCCUCAAAGCCUCUAGUGGCUGUCUCAUUGACAGCCGCUAGAGGCGCUUGCAUGAUUCUCACUGUGAAAAUCACAGUGAGAACACGCAAGCGUCCAUAGGAAAGCAUUGUAAAUUCAUAGAAAAGCUUUCCUAUGAGACCGGCUGAAUGCGCGCGCAUUCAGUCGAAUGGGAGGAGAGGAGGAGUAGAGCUCCUCACCCGGCGCUGGAAUAAAGGUAAGUUUUACCCCUUUCCUCUCCCCAGAGCCGGGCAGGAGGGGGUCCCUGAGGGUGGGGGCACCCUCAGGGCACUAUAGUGCCAGGAAAACGAGUAUGUUUUCCUGGCACUAUAGUGGUCCUUUAAGAAAAGUAAUUCAAAAAAAGUUAUAUUCUCUGUAAAUCAGGACAAAUAUGUCUAGGAUUUCAGGUUUUUUUUUAGUUUUUUUUUUUUGUUUUUUGUAAUUACAGGUUAUAAAAUAAUUUACUAUGUUUGUCUUGUAAGUUUAAUAGCCAUCAUAGAAAACAAAAUUGCCACACAUAAGUAUAAAUUUUAUAGAACGGAUACAUCGUAAACUAUUUACCUAAAGGUAUUUUGACACUUAUGUAGCCAUUUAACUGCCAAUCCCUGCUAAAUAUUAUUGUAACAUUUAGGGUGUUUUUUUUACCAGAUUUGUAACAUACAUACUUAUAACCGUUUUUUAACAAUAAAUAUUUCGUAAACCUGAUGCCGUUGCCACUUUCCUUUGAAGCACCAUAUAAGAGAACUGACCAUUUCAGUUUUUAUAGAUGGAUCUGAUUGGCCUAUGUCUCAUUUUGUGGUGUUAUAGCAGUUUGACUGGUAAAAUUACCCAACAAAGGCCUACCAUUUUGUGAAAGUAGACCUUCAAGGGUAUCUCUGAUGUAUUUUGUGCUUUAGCAUGCUGUCAUUUUUUUUUUUUUUCUACAGUUCAUGUCAAAGUUUGUGAUAUUUUUUUUUUAAAGUGACAAAUAAGGGUCACUCAAACCCAAAAACAAGCUGAAGUAUCUUAGGGGUUUAGACUGUUCCUUUAAGGAAAUAACAGUUGUGUUAAUUUAAUCCUCUAAUGCAGCGUUUCCCAAUUGGUGUUCUGCAGAACCAUGGGGUUCCUCAAGAACACAAAUGUUGUUCCGCAAAAAUCUUGGGAAACAAAAUGGCCGCAGUGAUAAAUGAGGCAGUCGGCGAGGGAGCUGAGCAGGGGAGAGUGCUCCCUCGCCGGCCGCCUCAAUCAUUACGGUGGCCAUUAUCACAAUAGCUCUUCAAAUAUUUUUCCAGUCACAGAAGUUAAGCUCACAGGUCUAUAAUUUCCAGGCAAGGAUAUAGUAACCCUUUUUAAAUAUAGGAGUGUCAUCGGCAUUCCUCCAAUCCUCCGGUACAAUACCUGAAACUAAAGAAUCUUGAAAAAUUAAAUACAGAGGUUCACUUAUUUCCCCACUUAGCUCCUUAAGUACUCGUGGGUGAAUACCGUCAGGCCUCAGAGCUUUAUUUACAUUCAUUUUCUUUAACAGCUGUAGCACCUUGUCUCGAGUCAUCCAAUCACAAGUUAUCUGCAAGUUUUUUUUUGCAGCACUUAUAUGCAUAUCUCUUGCCAUAGGAUCCUUAUUAAUAUAUAUAUAUAUAUAUAUAUAUAUAUAUAUAUAUAUAUAUAUAUAUAUAUAUAAAAUAGUUAUUUAACAUUUCUGCCUUUUCCUGGUCUUCAUUAGCUAACAGACCCCUCUCUGUUUCCAGUGUACCUACACUUUCAUUUUUUGUUUUUUUAGAAUUGAUAUUCUUGAAAAAUAAAUUGGGAUUGGUUUUGCAUUCUUUGGCUUUCAAUUUCUUAUUUUUUACUUUAGCCACUUUAAUGGCCUUUUUGCAAGCAUUAUUGACUUCCUUUUAUCUUAUAUAUAGGAUGCCUCUGAUUUGUCCGAUUUAAAUGCCCUUUUCUUAUUUUAAUCUCUUGUUUUACUUCUCUACUAAGCCACAUUGGUUUCAAUUUUCUUUCUUUUAUAUUUAUUACCCAAUGGUACAUACUGAGAAAUGUACCUUUAUAAUAUUUGUUUGAAGAGUUUCCAUUUAUCCUCAGUGUUUUUUUUUCACUAAGGAGUUUAUGCAGUUGUAGAGCUGCCCUAGGUUUAUAUCUAUGUUUCCCUUCAGAGUCAAGUAAAAUCUAAAAUUAUUAGUCAACGAAACAGUGGUGUCGCUAGGAGGGGGCCAUGGCCCCCCCUACAUCAUGCUGUGCCCCCCCCCUUGGGCCCUCCCCAUAUGCUCUCUGUCUUGGGAUAUUAUACACAAACAGACCUGUAUUAUACAGAGAGCAGCACUAUACAGGGAGCACUGACUCUCCCGGGAUAUUAUACACACAGCCAUGUAUUAUACAGAGAGCAGCACUGCACAGGGACCGCUGACUGUCCCAAUUUAUUAUACACACAAUCCUGUAUUAUAUAGAGAGCACUUACUGUCCAAGGAUAUUAUACACAGACCGUAAUUGAUAGCUGUGCUGCAAAAUGUCCUUGGAAGAGUUAAAUAAUUAUAAAAACAUGUGAGAUUUAUUUUUUAAAGAAUACAUGGCACAACUCACAGGUAACAUUUAGUAAACUAUUGGGUUGUGCUAAAUUCUCAGAAGUGACAGCUAUGUGUUAAUAUGUUCUCAUUAAGAAGCAUUAACUCCACAUAAAUAGAAUUGUUUACAAAUGAUUCAGCUCUUGUGUUUAUAACUGGCAGUUAGUGUGCAACUCAUUGUUCAAACUUGUCUACUCACAGAAUGAACAUAACUUGGUAAAGUUCAAGUCUUUAUUCUUUUUCUUUUAUCUUUUUAGCUCUGUAAUGUGUAGACACUAAGAAAUCGUCAAACUACUAUACAAUGAUCUGAAAGAAAUGUCUCUGUUGGUUGUUUGAGUCAGUUGUCAGCCACUAGAGGAACUUCCGGGUUCUUAGAUGACUUUUGGUCAUCUAAACGACGCAGGACGUCCUCACGCUAUGCAUGAGGAUCUCCAGCGUCGUCGGAAUCCCCAUAGGAAAGCAUUGAAUAAUGCUUUCAUAUGGGGAGGUCAAAUGCGUGUGCAGCUGGGAGGAGCGUGGGCAGAGCCGACCCAGCGCCAAGGGACAUCGACAAUGGAUUCAGGUAAGUGACUGAAGGGGUUUUAACCCCUUCAGCGACAUAGGAUGGGAGUGGGAGGAAAGGAGCCACUUCAGGAUUCAACAGUGCCAGUAAAAUGGUUUUGUUUUCCUGGCGCCUUUAAACUCAGCAUUUCACACAUUCCCAUUGCUGCUGCCACUGAAAUAAUUCCCAAAUGUGACCCCAAAAGGGGAAACCCCCUAGAAUACAAAAACAGCAUUUUUCUCUCUGGACCAAAGUAUUCUGAAUAAUGGCUAUAUUAUACUUUUAAUGCCUUGUGUACUGUUUUUGCUUUAACAUUCUACACCCGAAACGGCCUGGAUUAAAUUAGGUAAUAUUUUUUUUUUUUUGUGGAUUCCAUAACUAUUUUGUUUUUACUAUAUUAAACCCGUUCUUGUACCGUACGUGAGAUCACCUAUCCUCAAGUCUUAAAGUUAAUGAACAGAGCACAUGUAAAAAGUUUAAUUGGUCCUGUAUAAAUGUGUCACGGAAUCCUAUGCCUUUUAGAGCUUUGCAUAUUGUUGCCCAAUCUGAUACUUAAAUUUCUGCAUUUCUUUUUAGAGUUUUUUGAAGAAACACAUUUUUGCAUUAAGAAAAUUGUGCUUUGUACAAGAGAUCAAAGUUAGGCAUGGUAGGGCAGAGUAGACUAACUCUGUAAAUAACCUGGGUCAUAUGCGAUAAGGAACUUCAGGUCACACAGAGCAGAAAUGUAGUUGGGAGCACACCUAUUUUAUCUGUGCCCAAAGCCUCCUAGCACCAGUGCACUGUAGUGGUUAUGGUGCUUGGAAUGCCCUUUUAAGUGUUGUUACUAGAGAGAGAGACAUUAGGAGAGAUUUUCAUCUUUUGUAUCUACGAUGUGUUUUUGUUAUUUCUUUUGAGGGUACGCAAGUAAAUCUGCUGUCCCUAUAAGCAGAUGUGUUCUGCGUGAUUAUCUUUAAACUUGUUCCUAGCAUAUAAUGGAUUGCAAUGCGAUGGAAAUAGAUAAACAGUGUGAUUUAAGUUCAAACUGGGUAAAAAUAGCAAACCUAUAAUAUAAUACUGUAUAUUAUAUUUAACUGAUCCUGCAGAAUGUAUUCUAAAUCACAGGUUUCAAAUCAAUUUCCCUGGGGGCCACUGGGAGUGUUACUGUCUCUCAUGGAGGCCACAGAUCUGUACUGCCGGAGAGACGCAUCCAUAUACACAAAUCGGCUCUCCCAUUGCCAAGACACACACAUCCUUACUCCCUUACAUGCAUAUCCCGUAGCACGCAACUCUAGAAUGCCACAGGCUCACAGGUUUCUGAACACCAGAAAAUACAGGUGUGAAUGUGGGUUUGACCAGUGGCCACCAGCAAACUGGGAAUAAGAAAGGUAUGCCCUGGACUCAGACUUACUUCUCUAUUUCAGGACGGGGGGCUGUGAACAGAAUUUCCCUAUUUAAGGGUCCGGAAAGGUGCCCCAUGGCUGUUACUUUGAUACCCUUGUUGUAAAUAAUCUUCCAGGCCUUUAGCAAAAUAAUUAUUGAUUGAAUGUAUUUUGUUUUGUAGGAAGCUGCACAAGCUCUGAUUUAUGCCGGAAUGGCUGGUUCAACACUGGACAAUAUUCAGGACAAAAUAAGGGAGUACUUGGAGAGAGUGGAAGCGUUGUACAGUGCAGGUAGGUACUCUCUCUCUAUAUACCCCGAUGCUGCCAUGAUUAUUCUUAUUGGUUUCUGUUUAUUGCCACAUCUCCUUUUGGAUCAUUCAUGACAAUGUCUUAGCCAGUCACAGUGAUCAUCUAAUCACUUGUUUCUGUAGGUUUUUUUCUUUAUUCUAUUUCCCUCCUCCUUUUAGUCAUUUGCCCCCUGUCACAUGGCAUGUUUAGGAAUAUUGUUCCUAAUAUAUGCCUAUUAGAAGGAAUUGACAGACCCAAAAGUGUGUAGAAAAUUAUAUAUGUGGGUUGACUUUUUAGUGGAUGGGUUUAACCCUUGAUGUAUACCCUUAUAACAAUUGGAGGGGGUAGCAGUGCUCCACUGGUCUGACAGUUAAAUGUAAUCCCUCAGCUUCCCAUGCAUGUUACUGUUACUGGAUUGAUGUUGUAAAAUAAGCACUGAACUGAAAAUCCAUGUGUUUUUUGUCUCCCAUGUUAUAGUUCAAGGACAGAAUGCUGACCCUUUAAAAACAAAACAUCACUUGGACCUUGAGAGGGCACACUUCCUUGUCACUCAGGCAUUUGAGGAGGAUGAUAAAGGCAAUAUGGAAGAUGCCAUCGAGCUGUACUCUGAAGCUGUUGAACUGUGCAUAACAACGGUCAGUAAACAGUCCCAUCACUGCUGGGACAUUUCUCCUUUACUUAAAUGA